AUGGCUCCUCUGAGAGUGCCUACGGACUUCUUUACGGAUGAUGUGACGGACUUUCUGAACUAUUCGACCCAGAAUCCUGACUUAGUGUCAACUAAACACCAUUUACGCCACAGAAACCACUCUCGGGACCAUUCGAGAAACCAUAAUGUUGUUGAUAUGCUUUCAAAUUCUAUAAUGGAAGUAAUAAACACUAAAUUUGUUCCCGACAAUAGCGUGCUGCCUGAUCUAGAGCCUUUGUCGACGCACAUGGAUAAUCAGGAGAGGCAACCUCUACGAAUGAAUAUAACGAUGAAUCGUUCCGAUUUUGGGGUUAUCAGCGAGGAGUUUUUGUAUCGGCAUAAUAGUGCAAUGACCGCGGUAUACUGUGUCGCCUACCUACUGGUGUUCGUGGUGGGUCUAGUGGGAAACUGCUUCGUGAUCGCUGUGGUGUACCGCUCCCCACGGAUGAGGACCGUAACAAACUUUUUCAUCGUGAACCUCGCUGUUGCUGACAUCCUAGUUAUCGUGUUUUGUCUGCCCGCCACUUUGAUGUCCAACAUUUUUGUCCCUUGGGUGCUGGGCUGGCUGAUGUGCAAGACUGUGCCAUACGUUCAAGGGCUGUCAGUAGCAGCCUCCGUGUACAGUCUCGUUGCCGUUUCACUUGACAGAUUCCUCGCUAUUUGGUGGCCACUCAAAUGCCAAAUAACGAAACGCCGUGCCAGAAUGAUGAUCGUCUUCAUAUGGAUAUUUGCCAUCUCGGUCACCACGCCCUGGGUGUUCUUCUUCGAUCUGGUGGUUGUUUUCGAAGACAACCCUCACGUACGACUCUGUCUGGACCUCUGGCCCAACCCCUUGAGCGAGGUCUUGUACUUUGUGAUUGGUAACCUCAUUUUCUGCUACAUUUUGCCGAUGGUACUAAUUACCAUGUGCUACAUCUUAAUUUGGAUCAAAGUGUGGAGACGCUCCAUCCCAACUGACACACAAGACGCCCAAAUGGAGAGAAUGCAACAGAAAUCGAAAGUUAAAGUUGUUAAAAUGCUAGUCGCUGUUGUUAUACUAUUCGUACUGUCCUGGUUCCCAUUGUAUUUGAUCUUCGCAAGGAUAAAACUGGGCGGACCCAUUCAAAAAUGGGAGGAGGACAUUUUUCCAAUUGUAACGCCAUUAGCGCAAUGGCUUGGUGCUUCAAAUUCGUGCAUCAAUCCAAUACUAUACGCUUUCUUCAACAAGAAAUACAGGAAGGGCUUCGUCGCAAUUAUUAAGAGCAGAAAAUGCUGCGGAAGGCUUCGCUAUUACGAGACCAUUGCGCUUCAGUCUUCGAGUACAUCUACCAGGAAAUCAUGGCAUUAUAACAACAAUAAUCAUGCAUCAAUCACCCGCCGAUCUCCGCCCGUUGACAAAAACGCCGUAUCUUUUAUCUUCAAUCACACGGGAGUUUAA